AUGGCGACCGGAUUCGACCGCCUCGAGAGGCUCUUCAGCUCCAAACGCAAAGCUUCCCUGGCGUCCCUCAGGGUUGUCACGUCUACCAGUCCUCCAACAGAGCCGCAAUUUCCCUCUCCUUCUUUCAUCCGCCCGACAGCAACUCGUAUGACAGCUCGGGAGGAGGUGCGCUCGCGACUAGCCACAGGUCGAUCUCCCUCUGUUCCAGAUGCCAUCCCCUCUCGCCUGGGCUCACUGAGCUCGAACGCGUCCAGUCCUGGCUUUGGUCGAUCGCCUAUUCGGUCUCCAUCUCUUUCCGAUCCCCAUUCACAACCAGACUCAUUAGUCGCCAAGCUCCGCGAGUAUCGCUUCAGCCCACCUAGCCCCGAGGAGAAGGCCGUCACAGGAUCGGUGGCUUUCAGUCCUGCAGGCACGGAGCAGUUUGACAUGCCGAGUCCUCGUUCUCAAACCCCCCCUCGCCUGCCGGACUUGCCUCGUCUACAUACUCCUCCAUCGCCUCGGUCGGUAGAUAACGGGUCCUGCCGUCGCUCUCUUGAGAGUCUCAAAAGCCCAACCCUUACGUACAACGCUCCGCCAACUCCAGAGGACUCUCCUGAGAUUGUACCCGUGCGCAAUCUCCUUGCCGAUUCCAAGAUAUUCGACAUUGCCAUCGACAAGACUCUCUUUGAUGAGAUUGAAGAUCAGUUACUUCAGUCUUUCGACCACGCCUCGUUCAACGACUCGUACAACGACUCGUCUCCCUCUGAGGCUUCCUCCAACAGCUCUACUUUGCGAGAGCCUGAUUUCAACGAGUUCUUGAAUCUCAGCGACGACGAUAUUGCUGAGUUGACGCCUGAGGAUCCCUCAGCUGAGUUUGACGACGAAUCGCGGCAGUCCUCUCCAACCUCCAUGGAUACUUCUGCCCCUUCACCCACGCCGGCCGCCCCCUCGUCUCUGUUGACGCUGACGCCCCCGCCCGCAAGCCGCCCUGCCACCGCCGCUGCCUUUGAGGCAGCCAGGAUUGCAAAGAGGCAUGACUUUGACCUCAUCUACGUUGUGAAUCUUUGGCCAGGCGGGCCAUGUGGCCAAAUGUUCGACCUUGGGUCCACGAACUCCUGCGAAAGGCCUCUGGUUGGUCGACUGUUGGCGGCGCAUGGCCUUCAUCAAGUCCCUUCACCACUUCAGAUAUCUUCCGUUGUUCACACCACCAUCUUACGAUCGAAGGGCUGGGUUGAGUACCGUAACCAAGAGGCUGAACCGCACGAGCUUGCUCGUGGCUAUGCGUGCUCCUUCUACCCAGGAAAUUAUUCUCCAGGUAGCUCGAGCGGCAAAGAGAGUCCGGUUUCAGGAGUCCGGUUAUCGGACAUGAUCGAUCGGGGUAUCGUGUUUGCCGCGUAUAGAAAACCCAGGAUUGGGCCGUGCAAACUUGGACACAGCUUUACCGGAAGUGAGCUCAACACACUUCACGAGGAUGCCGAGACCUUGGUGGAGAUGUUGAUCGAUAUACACGCCCGCAACCGCCAAUGCCGGACAGCUUCUCAUCAUCAAGUAUGCGACGACACUGGCCCCAUGCCCAUGCAGCAGACUGCGUGGCUAUCUGCUUAA